UCAUACUGAAGAUGCUCUCCUAGGACCAUACGUGCUGCUGCAAUAGAGCUUCAACAAAAUCUUAUAAUUUAUCUCAUUUCAAUCGUGAUCACACACAUCCACAUUUUUCAAUUUACACUUCUAAGAUCAUCAUGUCAUGCGCUUCUGCGGUCGGGUCUGACACCAGUCUCUCUCCCUCGCCGCCGCAUCUGUCGCAGAAUAAUUCCUGCACGAGGACCAGUAAAAUUGUUCUUGCGGGGGCGAGGAGGUGUUGUUUAUUUUCUCUGGAACUACACCAAAUUACGAUUACCGGUCGUAGAGGUCCUCGUCGUGCCAGCACGUGCGUCGGCGUGGAAGCAGAAGCUAUUGCGGAACGGGAAGUAGAGACAAGAAAUAUAAUUUCUCUAUGCCUUCCCGGCCGCGGCGGUAAAAACUACGGGAAAAUUUACUCACCGUCGAAAUCUACGAGUAUUUCGCGAAGUAGCACGAAGAGGGCCACACCUCCAGGGCGGAAAAUUAUCAAGGUUUUCGUAGGACCUCGAGUGACCGCGGUGUACUACUGUUUAUCGCGGCCGCCGCACGACCAGGAGCGUGUCGUUUUGUUUUGGGAAGAUAUGCAUUGCAAAAGUAUCGUACUCGUAUAAAUGCAUUACAAAUUUCCUCAGCAUGAGAAAUAAAAUUUGUAAUGCAGAAGUACCUUAAGAAAAAAAUUUGUAAUGCAUGAUUGCGAGGCGAGGCGAUGGGUUACCCGGUCGGCAGAGCCGAUCCACACGAACGAGCGAAUGAUUGCGAUUACUACGAGUACGAUACUUUUGCACAGGAUAGAAGAAACCGCACAAGGACCAUCAUGCUCGACCUCAGCGUGUGCAGUUUGAACCCAAUUUUGGAGCUGCACGGGCAGGAGAUCAACCAUCUGGCGUUCGGCACCAACAAGGAGUACAAUUUGGAGGUGACGGUGGUUUCGCUGCUCGAUAAGCAAAACACCCCCAUUGCGGUGGUCCAGGACUGCAGUUUAUCCAAGAAAAAAACAGUGUAAGUGUACUUUCUUGGAGGAUUAGCAUGACAAAUAUCUCUCGCAUGACAGCAAAAACCUGUCAUGCGCAGAUACUACGUGAAAACGCCCUUUAAUGAACCCUACGACGCACGCCAAGCAUGACAGACGCAAUCAGCUUGAAUGUUGCGCAUCACAAAUUUACUCCCGCAGAGGGAGCGAAAGAGCACGGCCCGAGCAAUUGAAACUGUCUUGAUUUGCAUGAAAGGGGCCCGAAAAUGAAACGCUCAGCGCUCCCCGGAAUCGAUUCAAAUAAAACGCGAACGCCUGCCGGGGCGGUUGGCAAAAGAAAGACAGGGAAGCGACCAGAGGCCGGCGCCUUGGGGACGGCGACGGCCCUCCCGGCGCCUGCGCUCCCAGGGCGUGACAAAUAGCAGGCAAGGCGGCCGCCGCAGCCGGCUCUGUCUUCCUUGUGCCCGUGCCGCGGCCGCUGCGUAGUUGUGUCGGUUGCCCUGAGUUUCAUUUCGUGCCGCCCUGCGAGAAUUUGCGUGGCUCUGGGCGAGCGGGCCGGACGCCCGUGGUACGUAGGGGGCGCCGAGUCUCCGCGUCCUUGCUUGGUCGCUGCGCCUUUGCCGCGGUUGGCGCGCUGCUCUGACGAGUUGCAUGCUGCGCCGCCCCGCGGGAAUUCGUCUGGCCCUGGGCGAGCGGGCCGGGCGCCAGUGGUAGGGGGCGCCGAGUCAGUCUCCGUGCCCUGGUCUGGCCGCCCUGUCGUUGCGGUGGUUGGUUCGUGCCUCUGAGUUGCAUGUCGCGCCGCCCCGCGGGAAUUUGCCUGGCCAUAGGCGAGCGGGCCGGGCGCCAGUGGUAGACUAGAGGGCGCCGAGUUUCCGUGCCCUCGCUCGCCUGGCCUUUGCGUCUUUUAGCUGGGUGGUUCGUAUGUAGUGAGGUCGCCGCACGGCUCUAGCCAGCCAGGGAGUUUUUUUGCCAUAUACCGUGAAAAACGGGCGGCAGUUUUCAAUCGGCCGGCGGUGUUUUUGAACAUAAAAAGCUUUCACUUGUCAAUCGGCUCUGGCUGACCUGGCACCGAAUCGCCAGCGGGUUCUAUCGGUCGCCGAUCUAAAAAACGACGCAGAGGAGUCAGCAAAAGGGGCGCCAUUCUGAGGCGCCUGGCGCACCUAAUUCCGCCGAUUUGGGGCGCCCUAAAAGGGGCGCCGAAAAAGUGCGAAGGCGGCAAAAGCUUCGAAUCCGCAUGCUUUGCGCGCCAUUUUUGGCCACUUUUCGAGGUCGCAAAGACGGCCAAAAAAAUCGGGCAUCUGUAAUGUGGGGAGCAAUCCAAGGCGCGCGACUUUUCAGCAAAAAAAAACAAAAAGCGGAAAGCUCGCCAAAAUCUUAAAGCCAAUCAAACAAUCCGCAUGCCAUUGGCCCGAUUUGGGCGGGGCGCCCAGGGGGCCGGGCUUGGUGGGGGCCCUUGGGUGGCUAUAGCACUGGGCAGCGCAUCACAAGGCGAUCCUUGGCAAAUACCCACGCGCUCGGUUUCGUCGUGAUCUCGUGCUGUGUGGGUUUGUCGCUUUCGAAAUUUUUCCCGACAAGUAUUUUGCUGAUAUUUCAACAACCGAGCGGCAUAGCUUCAACGCUUUAGCUGCGCAGCGACGGUUAGAGCGACGACUGAAACGCAAGCCAUUGAACGAGAAACAGCAGCAAGCUUACGAUCGUGUCAGCGAUAUGGUUGGACGGUUAGCAGCGUACAAACUACAAAAUAGCGCGACGCAUGGCGCGAAUGUUGAGGCGGCUGCGACGUCUCCGCCGCUGAUUUUCCCGCCGCAACACAUUCAGGGACGACGGGGCACAGGCAAGACGCACCUCGGAAGAUGUUUGCGAGACAUGGCCACGGGCGCUGGCUUGCGGGGUGUGUGCUGCGCUCCCAGUGGCGCUGCUGCGCGAUUAUAUGGCCUCGAUGCCCAUACCAUUCACGCGCUCAACAACAUGGCACCGACACGAACUAAACUACAGCCGGAUGGUUUAGCGUUUGAAGAUAUUGCGACCCCUACGGCCGAAAACGAUGCAUAUUUGCGCUCGUUGGAUUUUGCAUUGUGUGACGAAAUUCAUUCGGCGCAGGCGGCGUGGAUCUUCGAACUUGACGCGGCGUUGCGGCGUGCGCGAAGCAAUCCCGCGCCAUUUGGUGGCGUCAUUUUUGUGGGGAUUGGCGAUCGGCGUCAGCAGCUUCCCGCAUUAAACACGGCGGGUUUUUACGGAUCACGCUCGCCAGUCGCUCGCGCGGAUUUGCUAGCCCAUUCAGUGCAUGCCGUUUCGUUUUUGAAGAAGCCCGUCGCAGAACUGCACCAGUUGGGCAAAUUGGAGCGAAAAAACGCGAACACCGAGCAAAGUUGGGCCGAUUUCGUCGAAACCUUGGCAACGGAAUCGCAAGACAUUGACUUGCACAGGUUUGCGCACGUUAACAAAAUAACAGCAGCAGAGCGCGUCGCUUUGUCACCACGCGCGCAAAUUUUAGCCGCUACGCAUCACCAAUGCCGUCGCUGGAAUAAACUCGCUCUCGAAACGCAUCGCGCAUUCAACCCCAGAGCUAAAGCAGUGACAUAUCGCGCAGAAGGGCGCUGCGAGUAUGCUCCCUGUGGGAGUAUCUGCGAAACAGUCCCCGGAGACGAUUGCCCGCCUAUCGACUUGGAGCUCGUCGAAGGGUCUCGCGUGGAAUUCUGUCGGCGUUAUGGGUCCGUCGUGAAGCACACGAAAGGCGUCGUGCGCUAUUUAGGGCGUGACUUUGUGUCGCUCGAAGUUGAAACCGAAGGCGAGGCCGACACACUUGACGCGGAGCCAUAUACCAGCAUGCUGCUUGUGCCGCGUCUGCCUAUUCAAGUGGUCGACGCUUACGGGGAAGAGCAUCGGUAUUUGCAAUGUCCCUUGCGGCUAGCUUAUUGCAAAACGUUCCACGCCGUUCAAGGCGUCACAGUAUCAGGCGAGUCGUUGCUUGGCUCAGAUGUCGACGCGUUUACGCAUGGGACGGGUUAUGUGGUGUUCGGGCGAGUUGAAGACGAGUCGCAAAUUAAAACGGUUUCGCUCAAUGAUGAGAGGCCGGAAAAGCUGACCAACAUAGUGUGGCCGGAAUUUCUCGCGUGAGCGCAUCCCGACCCGUCUGAUCCAUACACCGAAAAACACACGGCAACGCUUCAAACGUCGCACCUUACGCGCUUGCUCGCUGCUCCUUUCUGCGCGAUUGUGUUCCGGGAUGCUUCGUCAGUCCACUGUUCUAUUUUGUUGCUCAGCCGACGACCUUGACAAUUUGAAAAACCGCGCGCCAUUGCUAAUUUUCCAGUCCGCUUGUCGUGGUCGCAGCAUUGUUUUGAGGUUUUUGAUCUGAUUUGUGCACCGUUUUGCGCGUUUUGCUGAGAACCGCCCGGCUUCGGUGCCAUUUUGUACCGUUUCGCAAACUGAUGGCGCAACUUGCGCGCAUUUUGAUCCAUUUGCACCAAUAUGAGGCAAGUUUGCGCGUUUUCGUGCUUUUUGCAUAGCUUUCGCGGUCAUUUUGCUGCUUUUGUUAUUGAAUUAAGCCAAAGCAGUGCCAUUUUCGCCGUUUGCAAUGCUACUGGCUGCAUUUGUUGCGUUUUUGACUCGUUUGCAAUUGAACUAAGCCAAAACAGUGCCGCUUUUGCCCGUUUGCAAUGCUACUGGUUAUAUUUGUUGCGUUUUUGACUAAUUUGCAAAUGAACUAAGCCAAAACAGUGCCACUUUUGCCGGUUUGCAAUGCUACUGGCUACAUUUGUUGCGUUUUUGACUAGUUUGCAGCGUUUUCGAUGUCAUUUUGCACGAUUUCGCAUGCUAUUGACCUAAUUUGCGCGCAUUUUGUCCCGUUUGCUUUACAAAAACGCAGGCCCGAGCCGCAACAAUUUGCGAAAUCUCGGCGAAUAUUCGCGGACUUUUUUGCCGUCGCAUUUUCCUCGAUUUGGACCGUUUUUCGUGGCUUUUGCCAUCGUUUUGACGUUUUUGCAUCGAUUUUUGCACCAUUUUGCACGUUUUGCAUCGAGAAAAAUUCAGCGAUUUUCGGUUCGUGUCUUGCAUGUUUCGUAACAUAAUUUAUAACACUAACAGCGUUUUUUUCUUGGAUACAGUUCGGGAUCGAAAAACAUCUUUCCGCUGUCCCGGGCCAUAUCAACUUUAAAAAUGUCUGGGUCUGGAAAUUUGUGAUGCUAAAAGUGAACGAGAGUUCCACUGCAAUACGGAGCCAAGCAUGACAAAUUUUUUGGGCUCCUAUGUGUUGCGUGUGCCGCAUGGCAAACUGCGUGCUUGCAUGACAGAAAAGAGGACCGCUUCGUGCCCAUGCAUCACAGAUUCUUGAGUCAUGUCAGACACGCAUGACAAAUGUAGGAAUCUUCCAGACCCAGACAGUUUUACAUUUGAUAGGCCAUCCGGCACAACCACUGGUCUUCCUCCGCGCAGGGUCAUGGGGGCAACCACUACGGAGCCAAUCCUGGCGAAAUUGACUACAAUGACGCCAUCAUUCGCAGCACGAUUUGGUCCCGGGUCAUGGGCACGUCGUCAAACAACCGAAGCUAUGCAUUGCAAAAGUAUCGUACUCGUAUAAAUGCAUCACAAAUUAUUUCCUCAGCGUGAGAAAUAAAAUUUGGAAUGCGCAUUUAGCUUAAGAACAAGAUUUGUAUAAUGCAUGACUGCAAGUACAACUAGUACGAUCCUUGUGCACAGGAUAGAAGCAACAGCAGGCGCGGUUCGAACGCUGGGACCACGUCGAAUCAGCAGUCAUCCCGGAGCAGGAGUCUGUCGCCGGCGCGGUUCAUUUUCGGUCGAGGUGCUUCCUCCGCGAGCUCGUCGGUCCGGGCGACAACAAAAGGUGGGAAAAACAAGACGGCGAUAUUGUGAGGAAAAAUCCCCCCUCCCCGUAUUGAAAAACUACGUUUGCGAAAAUUUGUGUUGCUGAUUUGUGGCCACAAAUCACAACUGUCUUGCAAGAAGCCAAAUGCAGAAGCUUCCGCCCCAUUCUGGAAGCGAUUUGUCAUGCUGGUGGGUCUAAAAGGCAGCCGCUUGCAAUGCUGAACAACUAGACCCAGACGCCUCUGCCUAGGCUCGGCAUCUGGCCGCAAUGCCUCCCUGCAAUACAAACCGGAUUUGUGUACACAGAUCCAGCAUCAGUGCUGCUGCGCUAGCAGUUGCUCUUCGAGAUGGAAGCUGCGCUGGACGAAGUCGAGGUGGAGCAGCAUUGACGGAACUGGGCAGCGCGCGGCCUUCGCACCAGGAGCGGAUGCCGAUUACUCAGCUUUCUUCCCGGGGGCUCCGGGGCUGACCCAUUUGUGUCGGUGCGCGGACCAACCCAUCUGCGUUGAUAGCGGCACCCCAUCCGCGGCGUUCUGUGUCUCCCGUGCGCCGGGUCCUUUGCAGCGUGCGUUGCCUUCUUGCUCGGCUCGGCCUGUUUUUGGUGUCGCGUCGGUGGGUGCGCGUCAAGCUGAGGGGAGUGGAGCGAGAUGCGCGUUUUGUGCUUGGGGCUUGUUCGACGGGAUUCUUUUUGCGCCGAGGAGUUCUAGCUCGUGACAUGCCGCGUGGUCCCGCGGACUCUGUUUUGUGCCUGCUCGUGCUCGGAGAUGACGUUGCUGUAGCCGCUGGAGAUCGCGGCUUUCCAUGAUUUCCUACGAUGCCGCUGGUCCUACAAGAGCCCUUUCGCCUUCAUCCCAGUGCUGUCGUUGACAGACCUUGGGCUGAUAAUCCCGUUGCAGGAGGUUCGGUCCUUGGCGCGUCUUCGCCACCGGCAGGAGUCAGGAUGGGUAGGUGGGUCUCCUCGUUGUUGCUUGAGCUUGCUCAGGUCUUCGCUGCAUUCGGUGGCUGGUGGCCGCUCUUGGGUCUCAGGUGUGGGUCGGAGUUCGUUUGCCUCUCGUCAGUCUGGACGGAGUGCUCUCGUUCAGCCACCCCCCGGCGGUCGACUGUCGGCGAUCUGGCCCCCCCAGCUCAUGAUUGCAGUGUUGGCUGGUGAUGACGAGGUUGCGGACAGUUGACUUGUCAUCUGUCUGGUUCGCCCAUUUUGCUGCCACGACUGUUUGGUCCCCGGUCCCCUGAGGCGGGGGGAUACGGGUUACCUGGUCGGGAUGUCGCGCGGAAGGUGUCUCUCACGUCCCUAGCUCUUCGUACUCGCCGCUGAGUACAGUCGAGCGCCUUGGUUGAUCGCCACACUGUUUCAUAGUGCUGAAACGACCCGGCUUUCACUAGGGGGAGCAUUCGUACACUUUGUGCCCUCCGGGACUAUGCCUCUGCUUCCGUCUAAACUGAGGGGUCCACUUAUCCCUCUCGGUAUUCGGUCGCAGGGAAGGGUUGCCGGGGUCUCCCUCGCAUCGGUUCUCGAUGUCGGGUGUGAGUUUGUGACUGCGGGGGCAGUGGUUGGCUUAGGUUUGCGGAGUACAUCUGAAAAGAGGCUCCCAUUCCUUCUUCCAGGUAGCGAUCCUAGAUCGCUGCCACGCGGAGCCACCCCCGUAUUUCACCCCCAGGGGGUUGUGGACCUGGCAAAACCGAUGAGUUCGGGCUGCUGACUGUUCCACCUCUUCCGAGUGCGAUCAUGUUACGCCUCACGCCUCACAAAUCCAGCAUCAGAAAUUCCGUUUUGAUAUGGGGAGGGGGAUUUUUCAUUUUGAUAGGCGACGCCUGCAGUCCUUUCCAGGGCGGGCGGUGGGGAUGAUGGUAGAUUUGCGCAAAUAAAUGCUAGCGCAGCAGCAUCUUCUUCUUCGCAGCAGCAACAGCAGACGACAGCACAGUAUGCCGAAGUGGAGCAGCAGAUUACCGCGCUGGCGUUGACGCCGGACUGUUUGUAUUGCAUCAUCGUCUACUUGGAUGGGUUCGUGGACGUCGUCCGAGUGCUGGAGGACUUCGGCGCAGCGACGAGUGCCACAAGUAUCCUGUGCAAAAGUUUCGUACUCGUAGUAAUCGCAGUCAUGCAUUACAGAUCUCCCUCUUAACCUACAGGUACAGCCGCAUUACAAAUUCAAUUUUUCAUGCUGAUGGAAUUUGUCAUGCGAUUUAUACUAGUACGUGUACGAUGCUUUUGCAUUGCAUAACAAGCAGUGGGGGCCAAGUUACAAGGGAUCAACAUCAGCAGGAACAAGGAGCAGAACAGCACCUAAGCGAGCCGAUCCUGCCGUUCUUCCUGAACGACGUGUUUCAAUCGAGCUACUGCGACGACUUUGGCCCGCCCAGCUGCUGCUGCUGUUACGAUGUGAAUAGAAACAAAACUACCGGAAGAAGAACUUCUACGGCGCCGAACAACGGCGCUUUUCACAGUGCUGCCACCUCCAAGUGGAGGUCAAGCGGGCAACUACAGGUGGGAGGAAGUUCGUAUCCUAAUGGCUGCUCUGCAAACAGUAACAAGUCCGCGCCGGCUCUUUAUUCCAACGGGUCGCAAACCUACACGACCGUUGCAGAAGGUGGAGGUCUCAGCGCCUCAGCGGCUAGUAGUACUCAAAAAAUGGAUUCUUCCGGCUCCUUCACCCACCCUGGGGAGAACAGCUGCAAGAAGGCCGAGCCACUGUAUCGCGUUUUCAUCGGGUCGCUGUCCGGAAAUUUGGUGGCCAUCGACCUGAUACGCAUUGCAAAAGCAUCGCACUAGUAGAAAUCGCAUUACAAGUUCGGUGAGCAUGACAAAUGGAAUUUGUCAUGAUGAAAAAUGGAAUUUGUCAUGCUGUUUUACCUUGGGAUGGAAAUUUGUAAUGCAUGAUUGCGAUUUACACUACGAGUGCGAUACUUUUGCACUGGAUACCUGAAAUCCAGUUCGGUUAUGGAGAAAUUUACGAAUUUUCCCGGCCCCGUAUCCUGAGUAAAAACGUCCCCGCCCCAUAGUCAAGGUGCUUUAAAUUUGGUCUUUUCCAGUACAUAAACACCCCAUAGUCAAGGUGGGAACUUUGCAUCACGAAUCCAGAAGCUUUGGGAGUUACGCAUGACAAUUUGUAGGCUCUAGCGUAGUUCUGUUUAGCAAGCGAAGCCGCAUAGGAAAUCCAUCUCCUCAUCCUGUUUACAGCAUUAUAAGUUCGUCCAGAACACAAUUGGAAAUGGCUCUCAUGGGGAUCCGGCGCAUUACAAAUGCUCAUGUAGUUGCAAGGCUGCAUGAUUAUAUGGGAGGGGAACGUUUUUACAAAGUAUAUCCCGUACUGAACAUGCAGCUCGUGGAGGAGAACUCCGCAAACCAGCAGAUUACGGACCUGAUGAACUUGCAGAAGAUCUGGCUGUAUCUUGUGCAAAAGUAACGUACUCGUAUUGCAGUCAUGCAUUACAAAUCUUUUCCUUAAAGUCAACUCGCAUUACAAAUUUUAUUUCUCAUGCUGAGAAAAUUUGUAAUGCAUUUUUUUAUACGAGUGCGAUACUCUUGCAGUUAAUUGGCUGUUCCUCAAAGUUGGCGAAUCUCUGCUCCGUCUCGAUGUGUUCGAGGAGUGCGAGGACGUGAGCGCGGCGGCGACCGCGGCGCCGCUGGGUUCCACUACAGGGUCCGAACAACUGGACAUAUGCAUUGAUGCAGCUAUGUCUUGGUCUGGAAAGUUGUCAUGCUAUCUUGCCGAAGAUAACAGAGGCUGAGGCACGUCAAUGUGUAGCUAGGCAUGUUGACAAGUUUUCUAACGGCCGUCUGUUGGAGACAUAGCGCUUCUGCAACACACAGGAGCAGCGUUGCUGCGCGCCAUGCAUCACAGCUCGCCAACUCCGCGGGGGCGUUGCGGGUAUCUCCCUAAAACACCAAAACCGGCACAAAUUGGGCCGGCAGUCCGGGCAAUUGCUCACCAGCCGGCUUGUAUGGCGAAUAAGGUGCUCGACGAAGGAAGAAGCAGGCAUGCAGUUAGCACCUCCGGUUGGUAGAGCGAUCGGCUACCGAGGCACGUCAGGGGGCGUCGCUACUUCAAUUCAAUUCAAUUCAAUUGCUAGCGAUGUGAUGUGAUGUGAUGGAGCGGCGGCGGUGGCCUCUUACCAUCAAGCUCGAACGGCCGGGGCAGGGAACAACGCAAUGCUUUGCACCACGGGCAGACGACUACUAUCUGGCAGUGUGGACGCCUCCGGACAGCAGCAACUGCCCAACAUGCAAACACUAAGUUAUCAGCUUCUUACCCUACGGACCUGCUAGACUUCUCCUCUAACCCACUGGGGCGCUUAUGUAGCUCGGCGGGCCUGGGUGCAGCGCAUAAAAACUCCUGCUGCCUAAGCUACUUUUUUGCCCAAGUUCAUAUGGAACUUCAUCUUUUUUCCGUGCUUUGAGCUUUUUCUUCAGAACUUCGCGCUUUUUGCUUUUAGUUUCUACUGUACUUUUUGAAAACAAAAAAAACAAGGGUCACUGAACUACGCACCUUUUUCCUUACUAGUAUACUACACGAAACUACCUCCCCGCGAAGCGCUACUUGCCGAGCCUGGUUACUGCACCUGAUCCGCACAGAUGUCUCUACAAAUGCAAAACCUAACCUAUGGAAGGGCGAUGCGCGGAAUACUAACUACACGAACGGGCAAUAACUAAGGAGGGCCACGGCACUACUAUACACAGUUUUCUAGUGCACGACCGGCACACCCGCGAACCUCCGCCCGACGCCACGACCACCGGCACAACGGCAGCGUGAGGGAUGGACUAUUUUAAGCCUUUUUUUUGGCAUAGAGAAAAACAUCCCUUUUCCUUCUUCGCAGUGCGUUUACGGAGCUAACUACUCGCCCGGCGCAACGGGUGGCGCUACAAAAAACUACCUGCUAACACUGCGCGUUUAUUCCUAAGACUACUUGUGCUGUGUGCUUUAUUUGUCGCUUUUAAUUCUACUUCUAGCGACUAGCUUUGCGUGGUGCUCCCUGCAGCUGCAGCAGCUUCUGCAACUAAAACCGCGACCGCUACUGUCCAGCACCACGGCAACGCUCGGAGGCCGGCAGUGCCCAUCCGUCGCCGUUCCAUCGCUUGCACCGUCCCAACACAGUCAUGUAGUAUACCUGAUAUUAAUGAUUGUGUAGCACGAUGACAGGACAGUUGACCGACAGCGAAUAUAUCUGCAAACUAGUCAAACACUGCAAAAUAUAUGUAGUUCAAGAUGGAGACGAAGAAGACAUUUAUGCACAACGCAAACAAUGAAUAGGUAAAGAAAGUUUAUCCAUACUCCACUUUAACCACACGCACAUACAAACCCCCGACGACAAACAAGCUGUGCACGGCCACGGUCUGUGGAAGCUUUUCGAACAGAGACUCCUUGCCACGAGUGCCCGUUCCGCCGCUCGCUGAAAAAACACCACGGCGCGCUACAACUCCUUCUGCGGUCAGCUUGCUCCGGGCACGGUCCGUCGUCGAAGAUCCUCCGGCGGUGCGCGGAGGUCUUGGCGAGGUCGGUAUGCGCCACAGUGCCUCUGGCGGUGGAGGGAGAAACCCCCACCGGUCGUGUCGUGCUUGCCCUUGUUGCUGCACGGCCUCGCACUAGAAGUUGCCGGAGGUUGGGGCUUGGCGUAGGUGACGUUCUUCCUCGGGUCACAGAGCUGCACGGUGGUGCCGCGUGGAACCAUCUUGGGUGGCGGCGGCGGUGACUGUCACUAGCAGCUUAAAUGAAUCUAGGGCGCAGCCGGCUGCACCCGGCUGCCUACAACUACUCUCCAGGGACCCCGUGCAGAGGGCCCCGCUCUCGACAGGUUUCUACUAAGUUAGGCUCCUUGAGCCAAAAAUUAGCCGAUCAUAACAUCCAAGUCUUGCAUUCUACUUCCAGACCCAGACACAUGCUUGCAGUGGAUAGGACAACGCCGCAAACAACAUUCAAGCGUUACUGACCGCGCCACUAAACGCCGCAGCCGGGGUAUGAAAAGGAAAAAUCCCCCCUUCCCAUAUCAAAACAGAAAUCUGUGAUGUGGGCUUUGUGUACACAAAUCACACCUGUCUUGCAGGAAAGCACUGCACGCAGAUCGCAAGCCUAGGGGGGGCCUUUUGGUGUAGGAACCUAGCAUGGCAGACGUCUGCCCUGUAGGCCCUGCAGCAUUACAAACCGCCUGAAUAAAAAGUAUCGCGGCGGACGCUCUAGAUUUGUCUUCUGGCAAGACAGCGCAAAUCUGCAUCACAAAUUUCCGGCAGGACAUGUUUUCAAUAUGGGGAGGGGGGGACUUUUCCUUGCAAUGCGGGGCGCUAAGCUCGGCGGCGGGUGGCAGUGCGGCGUCGAGGACCUCCUCCCAAAGCAGACCGAAGAGGAUAUCCCAAAGAAACAAAGAUUGCGGGCAGGUCAGAUUUGUAAUGCAAAAAUGAAUAGACAAAACAAUCUGUCUUGCGUGUCCUAAACAGCAUGCUAUGGCGUUGCCCAUGACAGAUUUUUCUGCGUAUUUAUUUUUGCAUUACAAAUCUGCCCUGCCGGCUUUUUUCUGUGUCAUAGAGGAAGAAACUGCUUAUCGACAUUAUCAAAACAUGCUCAGCUGUUACAAUCUCAAAAACGUUAGUACAAUUGAGUCUGGAAUUUGAUUCGCAUGAUGAGCAUAAUAGAUGACCCACAGGGCACUCAACUCUCUGAAAUACAAAUUUACUCAGAAGAUUCUAGUGCGGAGUUUUGGGGCUCCAGAAGUUGUCAUGCGCAAUCCUGUGCAGCGAGUAGGCUAGAUCAUGCACUUUUUCUUGCGUCAGCACGAGUCUGCAGUUUUAUGGUAACCAAUUGGAGAUUUUUGUAGUAGUUGAGCAGGGUAUAGACGUCGCGGACGGACUGAAAAAGCACCGCAGACAGAAAAUCAAGAACACGGAGGUGGUCAGCGGAAUCCACGCGGGCAGGAUGUUGGUCUGCAGCAGUCCUAGCUUCCCGCUGAAGCCGCUGAUGCAAAUUCCGCUUUGCAAAGUGCCGUCGGCAAGCUGUAGUACUAGUGCCUCUGGUACAACUAGUACAAUGCCACUGCAGCUUGAGGGGUCGGCAAGUCUUCUACAUCCUGUUGCGUCUCAGGCAGAAGUGCAAAAAGCCAUAGUGGCGGAACCACCAGGACGAGAGGUUGUUACAGCCGCGAAAAUAGUAGAGCCUCCCCCCGGAGUUGUGUCGGCGGCAGCAACGGAAGUUUUAAAUGGCCCACCCGCUGCCGCUCCAUUGGAGGAGAGUUCAUCAUCCUCUCAGCUGGGUCGUGACAAGGACAAGCCAACCAUCUGCGAGCAAAUGGAUGGGGGUAGGGUCAUCAUGCGCCGAGAUGAUGAAGACCCUGUCGAAAGCACCUCAACUUUGGUUGCGCACGACCACAGGGAAGACCUAAAAGCACCUCCUGCUUCAGACGAGGAGGUUCUUCUUGCCAUGCAAAACGAGAACAACAACGAGGAAGGAUUGCACGACGUCGCCGCAGGGUCUGCUACUGGCAAGGAGAAAGCAGGGUCAGGCGCCUUCUCUGCAGAGCAGAAGAACGGAAGAACUGCCGCCACCUGCGCGACAGGAGGUGGAGCUUCUGCGCGCAGCGCCGACUUUGCUAUUGGUAGCGAAGGAAAUUAUAACCGGGGUAGUAAAGGUGGUGACUGCGACUGGAAAGAAGAAAGACUAGUAGUACAACCCGAAGUAGCAGCAUCAGACACAACGUCACAAGAUUAUCUUCACGUAGAGGACAGGAUCAUAUCGAGCACCCCAGCCGCCUCUGACGUUAUAACGUGCUCAGGUGUAGUUACAAUUUCAAGCGUUACAUGUCAUGCAAAAGCUGCUUGAUCUGACUUACGUAUCCUCACAGGAACACGCAUAACAAGGUCUGGACUUCCAAACCGCGCAGUAUAAUCUGCCGAAAUUUGUAUGGCAGAAAGUGAAGCGCUGUGCUAGUCUGUCAUGCUCAUCAUGCAAUACAAAAUCCAGACUCUAUUGUAACGUUUGAGAUUGUAACGUUUGAGCGGGUCAUAGACGUUGACACAGUUUUUUCGACAGAUGGCAAGGAAACCAGUUAUUCUCACCAGACCAGGAGCACAAUAAACAACUCGAAGGAAUCCUCUGUCACGGAAACCUACAUUCUGAAUCAGCAUCAAAUCAGCCCGCAGGAGGAAGACGUGAAAAGUUCAGCCCGACACGGGGAGGAGGACCAGCAAUAUUCCAGUACGCAAGCGUAUGCAUUGCAAAAGUAUCGUCCUCGUAUAAAUGCGAGUCUAGUGAACCUGUACAAACGGGUACCCCUGACGGUACGGGCCCUCUUAUACAAAAAAUGUACAUGAGUAAACACGAAAAGUGUACAAAGAAAGACUGAAAUUGUAGAAAAGAGAAGACGGACGGUCCUGUGCAACCGGGCACCUCCGAACACGGAUUUGUCUAGAAAAUAGCGAAAAAAGAGAUGAGGUCAGGGCUGGAAGAUGUGAGUGGAUAGCGCGCGCGCGCGCGACUUGAUGUGAGUGGGAACGCGGGCGCUGCAGAGCAGGGCGGGGCAGUGAGGGCAAAAUAGCUUCAAAGAGGGGCAAGGGUAUUUAUCUAGGCGAGCGACGUGCUUGGCUAUGGCGGCGUCGUGCUCACAAAGGCCUGUAGAUUUAGUGACGACGGGCGCAGUGGCAGUGCGCGGUGUUUAGAUAGUCGCCAUGCAGAGUUGGGUCCUGUACAAAAGGGACCGACCUGUUAAUCGCGGGGCCUCCGGAGUUUCCCGCCGGGCCUGUGUAUUUGGUAACCCUGUACGGUGCGAGCGGGUACCUUUGGCGGCCCAUACGUUUGUAUAAAAAAUGCAGACUUCGGCUGUUUUCCAAUAGCAUAAUUUGUUUGCAGGUGCCUGUUUGUACUGGGGGCCCCGUACAGUGCGGGGGCUCCGUCCCCACUGAUACACUAGCAUUACAGAUCUGCUUUCUUAGCUGAACCUGCAUGACAAAUUUCGUUUUUCUUCUAGGAAAAAUUUGCAAUGCAUCUAUACGAGUGCGAUACUUUUGCAGUGCAUAAAGCGCGAUUGAUGACGCCCACCAUUACCUUCGACUUACACGACUUUGCCCGUGAGGAUCACUUUUUUGAUGCAGAACUGGGCAGCUCCGCAGGAGGAGACACAGCAAAAAUCCCGGAGGAAGGAAGACCGUCCGAAGGAGGUUCUUGUACUGCUUCUGCCACCACCUCAACUACAAGCGCAGACGAACGCACGAGCAGAAGAAACAGUGCGGACGAGAUCACGCCGAAAACUUCAAUCUACUCGUAUCGAAAGGAAAAUUCCCCCCUCCCCAUUUCAAAAUGAAACUUCUGAUGCUGGAUUUGUGUACGCAAAUCCGCGCUGUCUUGCUGGAGAGCACUACAGGCCCAUACUAAGUGUGAGUAGAGAGGUUUUAGCCUGGGCACUUAGCAUGAAAAACAUCCUCGCUGUAGGCCCAACAGCAUGACAAACCGCCUGCCCAAUGCGGCGGUUGUCUGUGGAGUUGCCUUCUUGCAAGACAGACGCGAUUUGUGACCGCAAAUCAGCAUCACAAAUUUCCAAAAGUGUACCUCUUCAGUAUGGGGAGGGCGGAUUUUUCGUAUUGAUAACUCGAGUACCGCGGAGAAGUUUCCGGUCCUGGUUCGGAAGAGAAUCGUACGGAAGACGAACAAACCUCCGGGUGGUAUAUCAAAUGUAAAAGUGUCUGGGUCUGGAAGAUUGCGAGAUUUGUCAUGCUGAUCUGGCAUGGCUCUUAAAUCUGUAUUGCGUGGCCACAAACAGCCUCUGUCGCCUGUCAUGCAAAAACUCAGUUUCUCAUGCGAAAUAUGCAGCACAGAAGCACGAAGCAACUUGUCAUGCUUGGCGGCGCAUUACAGUGCAUUUGCUAUUGACUGACUUGCAUCACAAGUUUCCAGACCCAGACAUUUUUGCAUUUCAUACGGUACUACUAGCGGCAGCUACAAGGGCGGCGGUCCUCACCAGGUUGAUCCUCACCAGGUUCAUCUGGGAGCAGACAACAGAAGAAGUUCUUGCGGGGGCUCCGCUGGCUUGUUCGGAGAUAUAAUGACGUCGUCAGCUGCGACAUCGUCGCGAAGAAGCAGUGUGGUGGAGCGAAGCGACGGGCGGGGAACAAACUCGGAAGUGAUUUCUUCUAAAAACAGUCGAGCGGGGCGGGCACUCAAUCAUUCCGCCGCUGCACAGCACACGCGACCCAAAAGUGCUGAUGAAAAGACGGACCCCACUGAUGAAGGUGCCGCACCAUCUACUACCCGUGAAGAGCAGGGUGAAAAAACAUUUCUCGAAAAUGUAAAUGCGCAGCUUAGUACCAGCGAGGAGAAGGUGAACGCCGCUGGAAUUAUUGUGUCUGAAGGCGAGAAGGGUCGAGAUCGACUAGCAAGUAAAAGUAGCAUUGAACAGCAAAGCCAGGAGGUCGAUGGAGGAAAUGUUGCAGAUGAAAUCAGAGAACCCAAUCAUGCGCCGUCGGCUUCGAAGAAGAACAAACAGGGAAAAGUAAGCACUGCAGACGAGGUCAAUACAACCUCUCCACCUGCAACGCCAGCAGUCUUGGUGGCGCGCGAGGAAGUGGUUUCACCGGUGCUGGUAACCCCGCCCGCUUGUCCAGAGGGCUCUCUACUUCCGGUAAAGGCAACAGCAGUGCCGCACGAACCCCAAGUGCGGAAAGCAGGAGAGCCAGCCACUGCAAUAGACCACCGGGAAGACCUACAGACGGCAGAAUCUCCAGCACAGAAAGCUGUAAACCCGACGAAACAGGUAGAACAAAAUCAAAACCAGCCACAGCCGAUGAUUCCAACGAGGGGUGGGGGCUCUGCUUGUUCUAGUACGAGCAGCAGCAGCAGCAGCAGUAGACCAAAAUCCGCGUCCGCGACGAAUAAGACCAGGGCCGUAUCACACAGAAAAAAACUGGCAGGUCAUAUUUGUAAUGCAAAAGUAAAUAGACAAAAAAAAUUGUAUUGCAUAGCCUAAAUAGCAUGCUAUGAGGUCGCCCAUGACAGAUUUUGCUGUGUAUUUAUUUUUGCAUUACAGACAUGCCCUGCCAGCGUUUUUCUGUGGGAUAGGCCGCGCAACUAGCAAGCCAGUCGAGCAUCACGGACGUUUUGCUCUUGUCCGAGGGAUAUCAAAAGUAAAAAUGUCUGGGUCUGGAAACUUGUGAUGCUGGGUGGCGUCUCAUGAUGAGGCUACUAAUGCUGGCUCAGCAUGACAAAUUUCUGAGCUCCUAGGUGUUGCCUAUUCUGCAUGACAAACUGUGCUUCUGCAUCACAGAAAAACGGAGCUCUUAGGUAACGUGCAUGACAGAUUUAAGAGUCAUGCCAGACAAGCAUGACAAACAUGAAUUCUUCCAGACCCAGACAUUUUUACAGUUGAUAAGGGAAGUCUCGCACUGGUGAUAGCCUCCGAACGGAAGAGCACGAAACUGUUUCUGCAAACCGCACAGGGAGUCCGGAAUGUCGUGAUACAAACCCUCUUAUCAAAGUGAAAAAAGCCCCCACCCCAUAUUGAAAUGACAAUUUGUGUUGCUGGAUUUGUGUACACAAAUGAGCUUUCUAUUGCAGCAAGAGCCUAAGAGCGUGGCGGCAUAUUCUAAUCCCAUUUAGGUACAACUACGCGUACGGAUCCGGCUAGCAACUGAGCAUGAGAAACAAGUCUGACAUAUGCGAAAACGCAUGACAGACUCGCUGUACAAUGCGCCACGACAUGGGUGCCAUUUGCCUGGUACGCAAGACAAAGCUGAUUUGUGGUCACGAAUCGGCAUCACAAAUUUCCUAUUUGCUAUGGGGAGGGGGGACUUUUCCUUACGAUGCCUCUACAUCGAGGAGGCGCUGCUCGGCGCCUGCCUCGGCCCGGGGAACCUGAACGAUGUGUAUCGCAGGAAAAAAGUGUUACAGUUACACAUUGUCAUGCAAGACUGCCAACAGAGACAACCUUUCUCAUGCAGGAAAUGCUUCGGAGCUUCGUUUCCUUCCUGUUUUCCCUUGUGAUCUGUGCAUUACUCUACCACACAGAGAAAAUUUGUGAUGCAGAAACUCCAACACGUGUGUAACUGUAACACUUUUUUGUCGGGAUAAUGUGGGGGCCGCGGGAAGUAGUGGUUCGUCAUCUGAGAUGAAUGCAAUGAAUUCCUAUGAUUUUUCCGCAGGAACAAGUGAUGGCCAUCAACUGUCGCCGGGCGGGGGCGGAGCGGUUUUUGGGCACCAAGCACUCAACAAGCCGCGGAAGACCAUGAGCUUUGGGAUUGAAGCAGGGGAGGAAAGCACGUGGGUACUAAAGGGCUAAAGAUCAACUUACAUUUCGAUCAACAGCAUUGCGACCAGAAAUACUUCGCUUCCGUUGCAGCUUUUCGUUUGUGGCUUUAGUUGAUUCAUCCCAUUUAAUAGAGGUUUUUUUUGUAGUACGAUGUGGCACGACUCAACUACAUGCAGUUUCAAUGAUACAACAUACACACAGGUCACGUUGUGCAUCCUCUACACGGUUUCGCGCGUUUUCGCUUUGAAGGCCAGCCGCGCGCACUUGCGUUUGACUCUGGAAGCGGUGUCGCUCGACUUGAUUUCGCCCGCGCCGUUGGAUCUGCUUCCCAGUGGAGCAGGAGGAGGUGCGCGACUGGUCAACUACCCCCUCGAGGACCACGGUGUUGCAAAAAACGCGUCGCAAAAUAAGGUGGAUCACCUCCUACAACUUCACAAGAAGAACAUCAAGGAAACUUCUUCUACGAGCGACAAUUACUAUCUGUUGGACAAGUAUUAUGGAGAGAAAAAAGUUUGUCACAGUCACCAACUUCCAGGUUUUGCAUUACAAAUUUUCUCAGCAUCACAAACUUUCCUUGUAUUGCAGAAACACUAGGGAAAUCCCUAAUGGAGUUUGGCUGUGAUGCAUUUUUACGCAUGACAAACAAUUGUGUAUUGCAAGAAUGCGCAUGAGUGAUACGAACUUUUUUUCUUCGAUAAGUAUCUGCCCUACCUCUGUCAGGCCUUCCAUUUCGACUUCGAUCAGAUUCUUCUGAAUGCGGGCAAGCUGGCGGAGAAUCUUGGCGUGUGCUUGCGGAUUUGGUCGAAGCGCGAGGAUAUCGAAUGCAAAAAUGUAUGGGUCUGGAAGGUUGGUACUUGUCAUGCUAAAUCUGAAUCAUGCAAAAAUCUGUGUUGCGUGAAUGAUUCCCAAAUGUUGUCCAAUUUUGAUUAAGUUGAGAGGCAGUUUCUCAUGCAGAAUAGGCAUGAUGGUGAUCUCACGGAAUCUGUCAUACUAGGUCCUCCAUUACAGAUCAUAUGGGUCAUGGAUAACCUGCAUGACAAGUCUAGCAAAGUUCCAGACCCAGACACUUUUGCAUUUGAUAGAGGACCGACACGUCCCCCUUGAGGUGUUACAGGAGGCGCUCGUAUGGAUUGCAAACAUGUCAAGGUCGGGAAGGUUGCAGCUUGUAACGCUGUUAUCUUUGGGUCCCAAAGAAAUUUGUAUUGCAUGACCAGCAACAGCUGUCCAGUUUGUGUUACGCGGAGAAGGCAUUUCUACUCAUGCGGAAUAGAAGGCAUGAUCAGGAAGCCGAAGCCCUCUAAAAAGCUGUGACGCUAGAGCAUGCAUUACAGGCAUCAUGGAUCUUCAUACAAAAUGCGCAUGACCAGACCCAGACAUAGUUGCAUUUGAUAGCUCGGGUACGAUGUUGAUUUGGUCGCGAAAGAGCUGGUGAAGGAGUUGCUUCUUCUCAGCAUCAUCCCGUAUCAAAUGUAAAAAUGUCUGGGUCUGGAAGAUUGCUACAUUUGUCAUGCAUGUCUGACAUGGCCGCUCAAGAAUCUGUGAUGCAUGGGCACGAAGCUGUCCUCUUACGUGUCAUGCAAAAACGCAGUUUGCCAUGCGGACCACGCAACACAUAGGAGCCCAAAAAUGUGUCAUGCUUGGCUCCGUAUUGCAGUGGAACUCUCAUUCGCUUUUAGCAUUACAAGUUUCCAGACCCAGACAUUUUUACAUUUGAUAUCCGGGAUCGUACUACCAAAGCUACUUCACGCAUUGAUGGCAUCAUGUCUGCGGGCAACCACGCGUCGCAAGGGGAGGAAAUCGCAGCUGCAGAAACGAGCUCUACUACUUCCGGUCGCGCCGCCGGUACAGAUGACGUGGAGGCUGAAGAGACGGCGCAGGUCAAACUACCAGGUAAGGGCGAUCAAAUCGGCGAACAACAACUUGCAGGUCGUGGCGCCGCGCCACACAAAAAUGAUUCGGUUGGUAUGAUAUCCUCUCAACAUCUUGUAAAUGCAACAGCUACGCCUGCUCACGACCACCACGAGCUAGGAGUGGGCCAGCACGAUAUUUCGAUUCUCGAUGACGUGUUAGAAAUCCUGGAGGACCACUGGCAAGACCCCAACCUGUACGUGGUCCGGCUGACGCUCUACACUUGCGCCCUGAAGGUAUUUUUCUCGCACUUUCCGACGCGGGAGUGGCGGGGCGAAGUGGAGGUCGCGGCAGAGAAGGCAAGAACUUCUGCCUGUAGUCGUGCACCAAAUUUUGAUAUUGAGGGUACUGGAACAAGUAGUGCAACAGCCGCUGGGAACAAUUGCAAGAAAGCUACUGCAGCUGCUGUUACUGCUGCGGGGGCAAUAAAGCCAGAUUCAGCGAGGGAAGAUGAUUACAAUACGGUGGGCGUCGAAACAGGGAAUGAAAAUGAUGACCGUGGACAAGAACAAGGCGUGAGAGCAAAUAGGUGCACUACCAUCGUGAUUGGCAUUUUUGUCCUAGAUAAGACUGAAAGUAGAAAAACAACCACCAACGACCUAAGGCUGAAAGUAGCAAAGCACGAAAGUAGAAAACGGACCAUCACCCACCGCCACCCACCGCCGCCCACCGCCACCUACCGCCACCCACCGCCACCCACCACAACGCUUCCCCCCCCGCUGCUAUGCUAUCGCGCUUCCCUACUCCCCGCCGCUUAUAUGUGAUUUGCUGGGCAUAUUGCGGCCCUUCUUUUUUUUUAUUUUUUAAAGAAGUAAUAUAGCAGCAUCUGUGUGCGUGGGUCUGUAUUUGGGUAGAUCCAGAAACCAGCGCAACCCCCCGCAACCCCCCGCAACGCUUCUCCCCCCGUUGCUAUAGUGCUUCCUCACUCCCUCAAGCUUAUAUAGCGUCAAGGUUUUCUUUUUUUUUUUUUUAAAGUGAUAAAGUAGCGUAAGCAUGUACGGGUAGGAGGCUAUCUGGGUAGAUCCAGAAACCAGCGCAACCUCCCGCAACCCUCCGCGGCCCUUCCAUCUCCACCCGUUGGUAUGGUGUUGCCUUACUCUCCCCCCGCGCUCCGGGGCGAUCUAAAUGCAGUCAGCUCAGCCAUUAUAUGCAUAGGCACAUAGACACCUGGACAAACACCCUCGGCACCGUGCUAAGCCGCUUGCCUUAUCGUGCAACGCCCCCCCGACGCAGUUCGGACGCUCUCGGUCGCAGUUAGAAACUCGGCAGCCAUGUGAUUUGAAAGGAAAAGAAAAACAAAGAAAAGAAAAAAGAAAGAGGGGCGAAACACUCUGGCAGCGUGCUAGUUCGCUUGCUGUAUCGUGCAAAGCCCGACGCAGCUCGGGCGCUCUCGCACUUAGAACCCCGGCAGCCUCGUGGGCUGAAAGGGUGAGAAAGGGAAAAAAAAGAAAGAAGAAAGAGAGAGCGGCGCAACUACUUUCUCGGCAUCGUGCCCGGCGUUGUUCGGAUGCUCACGCACUUAGAACCCCGGGGGCCUGCCUCAUGAUUUGAAAGAAAGAAAAAAGGCAAGAAAAGAAAGAAGAUGGAGGAAAACAGCUUGGGAAAAGAAUCCGUGCUCUUUUCUGCCCGGCGCUGUGUACGAAGAGCAAAAACCUUCCCCCGGUAAGGAUCUCGACAAGUUUCCUUGGCGUUUGUGCAGCCUGUUUGCCCACACUAACAUCGAAAGAAGAAAGAAACAAAAGGGACAAACCCUGCAGCUUCUUGGGAGCAGCGUGCGCGCUUUGUCUUUUCGAUCCUUUUCUCUUUCUCUUUCUUCCAAAUCGCACGGCCGCCGAGGUUCUAAGUGCCUGCGGGAACAUCCGAAGGACAUCGGGCUUUGCGCGAUAAAGCAAACGGCUUAGCAUGGUGCCGAGAAUGCCUGCCCCUUCCUACCUAAUAGGGGCGGGAAAUGCAUAUAGCUCCGCUCGUAGCCAUCUACUGGCACUGGGUAGAUCCAGACAACACAGCAGCCCUGUGCUUAGAACCCCGGGGGCCUCAUGAUUUGGGCGAAAGAGAAAAGGCAACAAAAGAGAGAAGAAAGAAGAAGGAGAAAAGCCCACUGGGAGCAGCAUCCGUCUUCUUUUCUAUCAGGCACUGUCUACGAAGAGCAAAAACCUUCACCCGGUAGGUGCAGUCUGUUUGUUCGCACUAACAUAGAAAGAAGAAAGAACAGGCGAACCUUGGAACUUUUUGGGAGCAGCGUGCUUUUUCUGUUCUAUCCUUUUCGCUUUCUUUCAAAUCGCGAGGCUGCCGAGGUUCUAAGUGUGGGAGGGCGUCGGGCUUUGCGCGAUAAAGCAAACGACUUAGCACGAUGCCGCGAAUGCUUGCCCCUACCUAAUAGGUGCGACCAAUGCGUAGAGUUUGUAGCCAUCUGGAUAGACCCAGACAACAUAGCAACCCUGCGCAACCCACCGCAGCCCUGCGCAAGCCUGCGCGACCCUCCGGCCCCCGCCCCCCCGCUGCUGUGGUGUCGCCUUGCGUAUGCCCGUCCCUCCGCUAUGUAUUUUAUGCAUUUGCCGCUACAGCGUCCUGAGUAUAUAGACACAGGCACACACACACACAAGCAGACCAGGGGGGGGAGAAGGGUGGCGGUGGGUGGCGUUGGGUGGCGGUGGGUGGCGGUUGGUGGUGCAGGUAUGCGGCCGGCUGUCUACCUCUGGGUGGUGUGGAUAUAUAUCUAUAUGUAUAUCGUGUAUCUACCGUAGAUACACGAUAUACAUAUAGAUAUGUGUCUAUGUUUACGUAGACUACGUAAACAUAGACACACACGCACACGCAGGCACACAAGCAGACCAGCGGGGGGGGGAAGGGUGGUGGUGGGUGGUGGUGGGUGGUGGUGGGUGGCGGUGGAUUCGUGUGCUAUGUGUAUGUCUAUAUCAUAUAGAUAUAUAUACAUGUACAUGUAAGCACAGACUUUUCUAAUAUGCAUAUCUGCAUAUGCGGGGGGGGAGGCUCGCGCGCACGUUUUCGGCCCUCGGUUCUUUUUCUUUUUUCAAAAUUGAGAAACACGCCGGAGACCCAUUUCGCUGCAGUUCUUGCACAAGUAGCAAAAAAAUGCCAAUCACGAUGGUGCUGCACCUAUUUACUCUCAUACCAACAACAAGAAACCACGGCGCCAACGAAGAACCCUGCUUCUCUUUCCCUGCCUCCCCUCACCUUCACGAGGGAAUGGGUGGCUGAGCAAUUGGAGGAGUUUCUGGAGGCGGAGGUAUCUUUCGUAAAAGCGUUCUUCCCGACGCCGCAGGGUCAUCAAGAUGGAAACUCUGCAACACAAAUACGUUCAAUCUUGGGAGUCACGCAUGUCAAAGCUUUGAUCUGUACGACUAGUCAUCAAGUGCCGAGUACUAGCUGCUAGGAGGGCCGCAUCAAAAAGACGCGCACUUAUCCUGUGUGCCGCAUUUUUACAAUCUUUUACAAAUUCCGAAACACAAGUAGAAGUGGCUCUCUUGGGGAUGCGCAUUACAAGUCGAUUCUUGUAUAUGCAAAUCUGCAUGACAACUCUGGUUUGGGGACGUUUUUAUUCAGGAUACGAGGAGCAGACGAGAGACCAGUUGUUUGAGGAGUUCUAUUGUGAGGAAAAAUCCCCCCUCACCAUACUGAAGCGGUAUGCAGCUUCUAAAAAUUUGUCAUGCUGAUUUGUGACCACAACUCCGGUCUCUCUUGCAAGAGGGCAAAUCCAAAGAAUCCGUGGUAUUUUUAUGCAGGGUUGUUUGUAAUUAUGCUGUUGCGGCUACAACUACAUGGCAGGCCUCUGCUUUGCUAAGUGUCUACAGUUGUAAAACACCCCAGCGCGGCAACAAAAUGAGGCUCUAGCACCUGCAGCGUCUCAUUGCAAGACAGAGCGGAUUUGAUGUGUACACAAAUCCAGCACCAGAAGUUUCCGCUUCUAUUAUAUUGGGAGGGGGGGCUUUUCAUUUUGAUGAGUUCUGUAUCGACGUUAUCACCAAGGCAAAGCGGUCGCUGGGAUUCGACCUACCCGUCCGCGAACGGUUGCUGCGGGCGUAUUUGGGAAGCAGCGGGGGAGCAACAAGUACAAGUAGUGGGCCGAACAAGGGCGGUGCUUACCUGGUUCCACACGGAAGGAAGCCACUACUGCAACAACCAGAAACUACUGCUGGUGCAGGCGGAGUAGUUGGUCCAGUGCUGACGCUGAGCAAUUCGCUCUCAACGUUUCUGCAGGCACUGAUCAUUGGAUGUUUCAUCGAAAGUCUCGAGUGCGGUUUGGAAACUGGUGCGGAAGUGGUCAGAAGUGUGGUGACGAGGUUUAUUUCAUCUUUUUCUGCAGCUGGUAUCGGGCUGAACUGCGGUCAAGGAAUGAUCACAUCAGAAGUAGAAGAUGACGGAAUUUUGAAAAACGGUUCAAUUUCUCCACUCCGCGAGGACGGUAGUGGAACGAAACAUCAACAAGAAGUAGAGAGAGAAACUUGCCUUGCAGGCGGAGGAACUCCGGCUCGUCGGAACAAGCACGGGACGAACACCAACGGCGCGGCGGCCGAACCUCCGCAGGAGGUGCGCUAUGACCAGGAGCAAGCUUACGCGGUGUUCUGCUUCACCCUGUACAUGUUCUUGAAACGCAUACAGCAGGCGACUUCGGCUAAUGGAAGUGGGAGCGGCGGCGGAGAUGCCAGCACGGGGAAUAGUACAACCAAUGAUCAUCGAGGAACGGACAAACAGAUCUUUCACCUCCUUGUCAAAAUACAGGAAAUUGUGUUAAUCGGCCUUGAAGAUUUAUUUUCCAGCACAAACAACCUGCCCGCAGCCACAUCAACUACGCAACAAGCGGAUUUGAAGAUUUUCCCUCAUUCCACCGUGCUUGCGUUUUCGCACGACAAAGAGCUGUUUUUACCUCGCGAAGGUAAUGGCACGGGGUCACCGGCGUCGCAUAUCGAAAGGAAAAAUCCCUCCUCCCCAUAUCAAAACGAAGUUUGUGAUGCUGGAUCUGCGUACUUGCUGGAGAGGACUGCAAGCCUACAGCAAGCCUGAGUAGGGAGGUUUUGGCCUAGGCGCUUAGCAUGGAAAACGUCUGUGCUGUAGGUCCAACAGCAGCAUCGUUACAAACCGCCCGCAUAAUGCGGCGAAGCCUGUGCUGGGCAACCUUAGUGCAAGACAGACGCGAUUUCUCUGGCCACAAAUCAGCAAAGCGCAAAGCUCCUUCGGGGACGUACCUUGUCAAUAUGGGCGGAGGGGGGUUGUUUCCUCGCGAUAUCGCACGACAGUAGUGGUUAUGAACUGCAAAAGUAUCGUACUCGUAUAAAGGCAUUACAAAUCUCCUCAGCAUGAGAGAGAAAAUUUGUAAUGCGGAUGUACCUUAAGCAAAGGAUUUGUAAUGCAAGAUGACUUGCAUUUAUACGAGUGCGAUACUUUUGCACAUGAUAGCGGUCUGACCUCGUACUUAUCCGAGGAGGAUAUCAGGGAUGUGCUGGAUUUAUCAAGUGCAAAAAUGUCUGGGUCUGGAAGGUUCUGAGACUUGUCAUGCAAAUUUCGCAUGAGCCAUGAUGUCUGUGAUGCAUGCCCUAGCAUCAGAGUUUUUUUGAGGGCUUCUUGAUGCCUAUUCCGCAUGACAAAUGCCCUCUUCCCGUAGCAAAAAUCGCACUCCCUUCGCUGGUCAUGGCAAUGAUCAUUGGGAGCAGCAGAGCGCAGCAGGACCCCGAUGCAUUUCCCCUGUUUUAGCUUAGAAAUACGCAGUGCGCCGAGUAUGCCACUACCUCGACCCCUCAAGAAAAGAAGUAGCCCCCCCAACUACAAACUCGCCGUCCGCGAUCAGGAUGCGAUGCGUACUAACCAACAUUGUGCGAACCGAGAUCCCGCGGGGCACAGGGUCUGGGCGGCUCGAAGCAGAACGCGCAGCACAAGCGGGAGACAACACAUCCAAAGGUGGGGAUGGUCUCAGGUCGUUCUUUCAGGUUCGCCAGGGGUUGCGUCUCGCUAUCAGGGUUUCGCCAACUCCGCGGGGGCGUUGCGGGUAUCUCCCUAAAACACCAAAACCGGCACAAAUUGGGCCGGCAGUCCGGGUAAUUGCUCACCAGCCGGCUUGUAUGGCGAAUAAGGUGCUCGACGAAGGAAGAAGUAAGCAUGUAAUUAGCACCUCCGGUUGGUAGAGCGAUCGGCUACCGAGGCAUGUCAGGGGGCGUCGCUACUUCAAUUCAAUUCCAAAGACAGCACUACAAGUUCCAACCUUCCAGACCCAGACACUUUUGCAUUUGAUAGGACUCGAUCGUUGAAGAGACCUCCGAAACGUCGCAUGUACAACAUGUGCGAUUAUCAAAUGCAAAAAUGUCUGGGUCUGGAAGGAUCCGAACUUGUCUUGCAGAUUUUACAUGGCCCGUGACGUCUGUGAUGUAUUCCCUGGCAUCACAGAUUUUCCGAGUGCUGCUCGAUGCCUAUUUCGCAUGACAAAUGGCGUCCCCGCGUAGCAGCAACUGGACUCCUCUUGCUGGUCAUGCAAUACAGAUUUUUCUAGAGUCCAAAGUUAGCAUCACAAGUUCCAACUUUCCAGACCCAGACAUUUUUACAUUUGAUAGCGAUCUGCUGUGAACAAUGAUCUUCACACGACGAGCAAAGACCAUAUGAAUUGCAAAUAUCCCUGGAUGUCUGGAAGAGUGCAACUUGUGAUGCGGCAUUUGAAUGCUAGAAAAUAAUCUGUAUUGCAUGAGCAGCAAGAGAAGUCAAAUUUGGCUACGCGAAGAGGGCAUCUGUCAUGCGGGAUGCGCAUCGAUGAUCCCUCAAAAAACCUGUGAUGCUAGGGCAUGCAUCACAGACAUCGUGGGUCAUGCAAAAUGUGCAUGACAAAACAAGCGCACUCUUCCAGACCCAGACAUGUUUGCAGUGCAAAGAGCACACAAGUGCUCCGGCGAGAACUGUCCGCGAUGUGUGGCAGAUUUGCCUGUCGAUCGCGAAGCACGGCGUUUCUUUUGAUUCUACUGCCGCUGACGCUCUCCACGACGAACGAAUUUGUCGGGUGAAUUUGCGCGUUUUCUGCCUCGCAAAACUCGCGAAACAUUUUCCCUGGAUCUGGAGUGACUUGCCCUGGAAAAAGUCGUUUCGGCUGAAGUGGUGUCAGGUUCUGUUGCAGGCGAGCGCAGAAGACGAGAACAGUGUUGUUGGAACCGGAGCGAGUCAAAUGGUAGUGAUGAACUAGUGACGCGUGGUGCGAGGUGGACGAUGAUGAAUUUGAUUGAGCAUUCUUUACUGGUGUUGAAAAAAUAUUUGGCCGCAAGUAGAGGAAAAUUUUGAGCUGGUGGUCGGUCCACCCCCACCCCGCAGAACCUGAAGAAGCUUUAUUUAGGAAAAAACUGUGAAUACUAAUACAAUUACAAAACAGCAUUUUAUCUACCGUUACGAUUUUUUUUAGCAAAACCAAAAAGACGUGGUCGUCUGCAGCAAAGUGAAGAAAUUUGAUAAAAGUCAAGACACGAUACUGGAUAAAGAAUUUGUCGUGAAGAAGAAACAAGUUUGAUGAAAACUAUUAACCCGAAGAAUUUUGCUAGAUACGGAAAUUAUUAUGAAUGGUAACUCAUGGACUGAGGUUUUUGCUUGUCGCAU